AUGUCGCAGGGGCAUAAUUCCUUCUCCUUUGUGCCCAAAAUUUGUUGUAUUGAAGAGGAAACAGCGGAGCAUAUCCUAUUGUCUUGUCCUCAAGCUCGGGCAACUUGGUUUGCUAGUGCCUUAUACUACUCCCCAUCAAAUCCUAUUGCUCAACCGUUUAGCAGGUGGUUUGAGGUUAUUAUGGAUACUUUCUACAACCAAGGCAAUGAGGACCUGAUUCCUAAUACUGUUGCUCUAUGUUGGCAAAUUUGGAAGACUAGGAAUGCAGCAUACUUUAGGCAAGAACAACCUAACCCCCUCACCACAAUUGCUAGAGCUACUAAAAUGAUUCAGGAAGCAAGAACAGCUCCUUUUGUUUCAGCCACUCUUUUACCCCAAAACAAUGCGGCAAAUCCUAGGAACACCUGGAAUCCACCUCCUUUCGGAUUUUUGAAAUUUAAUGUGGAUGCUGCUUUUAAAGAUAGCACCCAAGUUGCUGGAAUUGCUAUAAUCUGCAGGAACGAUAAAGGUGAGUUGAUAGAUGGCCUCUCUUGUAGAAAGCCAUGUUCUUCAGCUUUGGUAGGAGAAGCGUAUGCCCUGUCGUAA